AUGGCGGGAGCAUCAGGAGGCGCAACCGGCAGCGGUGCGGGGGCGCAGUCGAGUACUGCCGCAACCAGCGCUCGGAGUUCCUUGCCGCCAUCCAACCGAGGAACCAUGGUGGCGCAGCAAGGAACUGCUCAGCCGCAACAUCAACAGCAGACCGACCAACCGCAGUCGUCCGAGAAGGACAACAUCAAAGGGUCCAGGAUUCGGGUAGCUGUUCGAAUUCGCCCGUUGCUCGACGGGGAGUCCGGUAACCCCGACAGCGUCGUCGUGAAGCCCGACGGCAAGACUAUCGCGAUCAACGUUCCACCGGGGAACAGUUUGCACCAUCACCAGUCAGCUUCUAGCGCGGCUUCCCCCCGCGACCACUACGCGAUAGGGGUUCAUCCCCACCCGUCGAGGAGUAGCACGACCGGCACGGCAGGCGGGUCUUCGAGCAGCCGAGGCCGGCGAGACGAGAAGACUUUUGCGGUCGACCAAGUUUUCGACAGUCGCGUACCUGGGCGCUGUGGGCAGAGUGUCGUGUACCAGCAAUUUUGCGGCGACUUGGUAGAUAACGCAGUCGAGGGCUACAAUGUGUGCGUGUUCGCCUACGGCCACACGGGCACGGGCAAGACCUACACCAUGCUGGGAGACUACAAAACCACAAGUCUCCACGCUGAGGGGGAGAAUGUGAAUGGUGCUGUCACGACUGGUGAUCCACCACGGAGCUACCCAGCAGGUGGCCCGCAAGCCGGGCGAACGGUGUCGUCGAACAGCAACAGAAAUUCGAAAUCAACCACGUCCUCGUUCCUCCCCUCGCCGCGGACAGGACAGCUCCCCUCGCCGGUGACGGCCCAGAGCCCGCAGCUGCUCACGCCGCAAAUCACGGGCGAAGCGGCGGGGAUCGUGCCCCGGAUGCUUCGCAAGUUGGUGGAGCAGCACAGCGACAAGUUUGAUUUCACGCUUGCCUACUACGAAGUGUAUCUAGAGAAGAUACGAGAUUUGGUAUUCGGGUGCGGCGUACCGGGAAACAAUCUCCACUACGGGGAGCAGCACCAGUCCUGCAGCCCAUCGCAGAUGGAAGCUGCGAAUCACGCCGUCUACGACAACGUGCUAACUGCAGCGGGGCAGCAGGUGUUUCUACGAAAGGCACCCAAGUCGGAAGAGCAGAACGAGUUUGAUCCGGAGAACUUGUUUGACGACACGGGCUCCACUGGACCGCAUGGAGGGAAACCACCAGGAAAUACUUUCCCCAACCACCUCGACGUGCCGGCAAACCUCGUACAAAACCUGCAGCAUCACUCGCCCGUGCAGCAGCACCCGCAACCGGCGCCCUUCAGCUCGUCGCCGGUGCGGCCUGUGGCGAAGAAUGCCGGCGUACCGGAGCCGAAACUGAAGUACGACCCCCGUUUUGGGGUUUACGUGGUCAACAUUUCCGAGUGCGUCAUUCAGAAUGUGGCGCAAGCGCUCAAGUGCAUUCAAGUCGGGAACCGACGCCGCAGCUCGGCGGCCACGCGCAUGAACCGACAGAGCUCUCGGUCGCACGCUAUCAUUGAGCUGCGCUUAGUGCCCAAGGACGUGCCGCCCCCCGAGGGGACGACGGCCAACGAACGGGGCAUCUUGCGAACGACGAGCGGCAACCGCUUGACGCUGGUCGAUUUGGCUGGCAGGGAGCAAGAAAAGAAAAUCAUCGCGGAACACCAGAACGAACUGCGCAGGAGCGAGACCCAAUUCAUCAACAAAUCACUUUUCCAUCUGAGUCUCUGCAUUUCGCGGCUGCUGGAGGAGGACACGAAGGCGAGCAAGCGCAACUCCAGAGUCGUGCAGUCCGCUUUGGAUUCGGCGAAAGACAGCAACCCAGGCUCCGAGCGCGGAAGCUAUUCAAGCAUCACUCCGCGCGACCAGGUUUUGCAAAUUGAAGGCGUUCCGAAAAAAACGCAGUUGGUUGAGUUUCGAAACUCUCGACUUACCAUGCUGCUAGCAGGUACUAACUUUUGAACAUAUAGUACUCAGAUCAUGUUGAUGGGUAGAUCCUCAUUCUUGUUAACAUUAAAGCAAAAUUUCUUUUUGGAAUCGACACUGAUAGUUCCUUACGUUGUUUAUCACGAAGUUGAAACGACCUUUUGCUUCCACGUGAACCCUUUGCACAGAUGCGCUAACCGGGAACUCAAAGACGGUACUGAUGGGGACGAUUUCUCACGAAAAUUCGCUGAUGGACGACACUUUGGCGACUCUUCGGUUUUGCAGCGACGUGCGGAAAGUUACGACGAAGCCGCAAAUCAAUGCGAACCAAACCCAGUUCGAUCUCGUGCAGUACCUGAAGGAGGAGGUAUUUAAACCACUUAUGUCGGCGGUUUUUUGCGUUUUCGGAAGCCUUUCCGACUGCGCAUAUUUCGCCCCUGUAUACUUUUUCAGAAGGUUACGACAAAGCCGCAUUUGUCCAGUUAUCUUGCAGUUUUGGGGUCCAGAGCACGACCUAGAAAUUCCGUUGCUGGAAUCGGCAAGGGAACAAACAUGCCUGCUCUACCUCUUCACUGAAUGUUCCUUGAGGGGCAGCAGCUGAGUGCAGCUAUAGGUAUAGUUCUUUUGAUUUGGAUCUGCAAACACUAUACAUAGGUUUCCGACCUGACGCAUCGAUUGAACGCGGCGGAGACCAAAGGCGAGCAGCUGAUAAUGGAUAUGGAAAAGAAAGAAGACCUCGUGAGCUUCUACAAGUUCACCUUAGAGAAAAUCCGAAACGCACGCGUGUCUCCGCACGGGAGCCCCCGGCUCUCCGGAGGCGCGGGCGGUUUGCACGCACGGAAACGCUCGAGCUCCCGUCACCGCGGUGGCGGCCGCGGAAGCAACAACUCCACCGUUCGCAGCCCUACCGCAAGCGAGCACUGCGGACCUCAACAUGAGCCACACCAUGGCAUGCACAAUACGGGCAGCGCAGGUGCCGUCGGGGGUCAACAAGUUCAACAGCAUCCCAAUAAAGGAGCCCCCGCUUCGUUCCACCCGCGGAGGAGCCCCAGUAGUUCGCGCAACAGUGCAUCGACGGCAACCGGCGUCGGAGGUACAACAGCCGCAACCGCAGCGCAGCCAUACGUGCCUCACCAUCCGCCUGGCGCGGAAGUGCUUUUUUCAGAGAGGUUCAAAGAAGUCGUCGGGACCCACUUACGGCACGUCGAGCAGUAUGUACAGGAAGCAAAUCGCAUUACCGAUGCGCACUACAACGAUACGGACCGACAACGCCGCGACACGUAUCUGUGUUUCGAGACGCGCGUAUGCAUUGACUACUUUGCGUGCGAACAGGAAAACCAAAAUGCGGCCGGGUCGUUGCACCAAGAACAGUACAACUCGGGCGGCACCUCGUCUACAUCGUGCUCGGCGUCCGCGACGUCUAGUCGGGCGGCCUCUCACGAGCAAGCGGCGGCAACAUGCAAUACCUUACAUACAGGGAUGACGCAGCAGGGUAGCAAACCCGGGACUGUGACCUUCAACUUCGACCGGGACAUGGCCCAGCACGAAUCUGCAAUGGCCACUGGUACGGCAAGCGCAGCAGGAGGCAACCAGAGUCGGAAGAUGGACCCAAAUGACCACCACCCAGCGAACCUGGUGGAUGUUGCGACAAAGCAGAAAUUUGGCCGCAUGUUCGAGGUGUCCAUCGGAGUUUACCGAAGGAAGCGGCGGCGGAGCGAGGCGGACCUGCAGGCUAGCGAGAUGAAAUAUGGGGCGAUUGCAUUUCUGACGCUCGAUCAGUUGAUCAAGCGCGUCACGAAAAUGCAUGCUAUCGCGAAGUCCGUUGAGGCUGGCUUCACGAUAGAGGAAGCCUUUGACGCCUGCGGCGGUGAUCCCUGGUAUUUCGUCCGAGGAGAAGUGCCAAGAAGAAAGCGCUCGCAGAGAGAGGAUGCGGGUACUCAGUUGCUGAUGCCCGCUGAUUUCUAUUUCCUUGCUUUCUUCGACUCUACACAAAGACGGCGGCAGAAUUUGAUUUUUUUGUAUUCACUUUGGUUCUUGCAGCAAGAAGUUGUGAACUUCUGAUUUUGCUUCAAUGUUUCUCUUUGUCUUUCUUCCUAUUGUAGAUACGCGCAUGAUUGAUUUUCGAAAAAUUACACCAGGUGCUCCUGCAGAAAAUGAUCGCAGUGGCGCCACGCCGUCCACCCUAAAGCCAGCAACACCGGUGGAGCGGGAAGAUCUUGCGGCCCAAGGAGAAGAAUCUAAAACAUAUCACGAAUCCGAACCGGCUGAAGAUCAAAUCAACUUCUCAGCCACGGAAAACGAGCAGACCAGUCAGUUACCAGCGCACCUGGAGUUUUCCGAGCACGAGAUUGCGUUGCGGCAACAGUUAAUGCUCUGUCUGGAGUCGUUUCUGUCCGAAAAGGAAAAAAACAACUUCGUCGGGGUUCGCGCCUUGUGCACCCGGUUGAAAACUUCCCUUGAGGAGGAUUUCUGGCGCACCCGCUCCCCGAACAAACACACGCGAAACAGCCAGAUGCUUGCCGCCGCAGCGGGAGCAGUGAUGGCCGCGCAGCAAGGGGGAGCUGGAAUAGAUCCCUAUGGAGCAUCAGGUGCUCACGGUUUCAACAUCGCGGCCGCCGCCGCCGGUGGGGGUCCGGCACCACCAAACGUGGGUGCGUAUGUCCGCAGCAACCCGGAUAGUCUGAACAACUCGGCGUCUAUUGUGCGUCCGAAGAUCCAGCUGCCCACACAGGAAAUGGUGACUCGGUUCACCCAGAAGCAGUUGCAGCAACAGCAGCUGCACCAGUUACAGCAGCAAAAUGGGACCACGAUGAAAGACAGCAAGGGAAGCACGACCAGCGCCAGCACCGGGCACAGCGGUCAUCAAGUUGGUGACCCCGGUCCACCACCGCAGCCCCGUCGGGGAUCCGCAGGAAGUGCGACGGCUUUGCUCGCUGCUCCGCCGACCGGGCGCAGUCCAACCGGAGCGCCGGAAUCCACUGCACGUCCGGGACAGCUCCCUGCAGCAAACCAUGGAGCCAAGACGGCGACCGGCCGAACAACCACCCCCGGAGUUGGCACACCGGCGGGGCAGCAAAUGCGCACUGAUCAUGACGUACAGCGGAACGAACCGCCGGUGGAAACGCGUCUGGGCAGUACUACCAGCAUGUCUGCGGCGCGGUCCCCGCAUUCGGAGUUCAUUUUUCAGAACUUUGCAAACUCGACGUCUUACUUGUUUCCACAGCACGGGGCGUCGAGCGUGCCGUACAACCAAAUCGGAGGUGAAGCGCAAAAUCUGAAACCCUCCUCUUCCUCAUAUGUGCAUAACGGCUCCAACACCGGAGCAUUGGGCGCAGGCACCGCCGCCAGCGGUCCGCGCGUCCUCUGGAAUAACCAGGCACCAUCGCUGAAAGCGAGUCCGCGCGGCCAGCAGCCGAGUUCGCUGACGACCAGAAGCCCGCUCACAUCGACGUUCCAAAGCCCCAGGAUAGGGAUGUUUGCUAACAACAAACCGGCGGCGGGUGCUGCAGCUACGGGCAGCGGAGGUGCGGCGUCUUCAAGUUCCCAGCUUCCGCCAACAGCGGUGCCCAGUUAUGCAGGAGCGAAUACGCAGCAGGCUCGCGUCACCUACCCGGGCGGUGCGAGUCAGCGAUCGCAAAACUCGGCGGCGAGCACCUCGGUUCUGAUGGUGCCCCCCGGGGCGCACUCGGCGCAGCUGCAGCAGCUUCCGUCGCCGACGGCAAACCACCUGCAGCCUCCGGUACUCGCGACGCGAAAUUUUUCUCCCGUAUCCCAGUAUCGAAGCGUCGUUCCGAAACUGAAUCUCCCACCGACAGCAAGUUUCUCACCCAGCAUGCCAGCACGGGUCACAGCGGUGAAUGCAGCUGCGGUAGCACAGCACCUGCAACAGCAACAGCAGCAGCAAACUGUUGCAGGUGGAGGGAUGAAUGUUGCGAAUGCAGCCACGAACCGCGGCGACAGCGAGCCGUCUGCGCGUGCCGUAGAAAGAGGUUCUUUGGUGCAGCAAAUACAAAAAACGACAAGCCUGACGGGAAACAAAGUUGGCGGCAACUACACCAAUCAUGCAAAUUUGCAGAUCGAAGUGCCGCCUGCGAACGGCGGACCGGGGAGCCAGUGGUCCUCCCAACAGAACACGCCGCAGACCAUCACCUCGCCAUCAUUGCUCGUGACACCGACGCACAACUACGCACCAGCACCGCUAGCUCCUCCGACCCAACACCAGCAGCCGGAGCAGCAAGGUGUGACAACAAAUAAUGUAGUUCCUGCGACAAUGAAUCCCUACCAAAACCAGAGGGUCAAGUACUUGUCGCCACGCGGUAUAGUGACUGCAGGUGGAGCUCCUGCUGUUGCUUUAUCUGGUAGUACUACACAGCAGACUGUGGGAGCACAUACAUCACAGCAGCAGGUGCAGUACAACUUGCAACAGCAGUACGUUGCAGCGCAAGCGCAGCUGCCAGUGCAUCAGCAGCUCCCGCUCACCUCUUCACAGCUGCACAGCUUGCCUCCCAGACACGGGUCCUUUGCCUCUGCGAUGUCGGGCCGCGAAUCCGUCCAAUCGGUCGGAGAUUCGCUCAUGUAGCAGGAUAUGAGUGCGUUCUACAUCGCACUUAGCACUUAAUUUUUUGCAUCACCAUUUGCAUUUUCAUUCUGUUCCUGCCCCCAUGCAGCUUGAGUUUCAGAUUUUUUCAGUAUGCUCAUGCCUAUUAAAAGCAGCCUUCGAAGACAUGCGUCAGCGAAUAUCACAAAGUCUAGAAGAUGUUACAAUCCGAUCCACGAGGCAGGGGCACUUUUUUGCCGAAGUGUGCCUUGAUGAAGAUGUACACAUAGACGAUAGAAACCAUUGACUCAGUUAAAGGUUCCGUUACGCUUUGGGCAGUUCGCGUGUUUAGGCUCUCCUAUCGUACUGCCGCGAUACAUAUAUGACAUUUUACCUGUCCCUGUAGCCAUAUUUUUGGAGCGGAAUGUGAAGCAGAAGAACACGCCGCGCCGCUGAGAUCAGGAGCGAACGAGUAAUAACACCCUGUAAAAGAAUUCUUGACCAAGCGAAACCAAGAGAACACGGGCCAUGAAAGUCUACGACUUGUUUUUAUUGACCACCUGACGGGUCUAGAAAAAAAAAAUAAAAAAUCAACCGACAGAGAAAAGUCCAACCCGCACAGAGAAAACUUCGCAACACAUAAAAAACUUCCGUCGUGCAGAGAAAACUUCCCGCGGUGAACAUGGUCGCAGAACUAACCUGCACGCGAGACACUGGCGCAGCUUCUGCACGCCUACCCUCGCGCGGUCGGCCGGCGUGCGUUUUAUUGUUUUUGGAAAAACUCCGCGCCGAGCGGCAUCCGUGGCUGCUUUGCGGCUUCAAUACGUAGGCGCGGAGUUCCUUCACGCCUUUGAAUGAAGCUAGUCCGUGUGGUGCUGUGGAAGGGUUGGCCGAGGCGGCGCACGUGCAUCCACAGGGCCGCUAGGCUUCGCCGGGGUGUGCAACCACAAAAGCGCGCGGCGGCGCCUUCAGGCUAUUGGGGGCGCGCGCCGUGCUGGCGUGUGGCAGCGAGCGCGCAGGCCCGCGCGUGCGCAAAUUCCUGGCGGGCUGCGUGUGUCCUGCGUGCAGGGCCGGGACAUCGCCGCUAUUGGCCGAAAAAAUUAGUCCGCGCGCUUCGCGCGCGGUUUCGGCGGGUAACUUUUUCUGCUGGGGCCCGCCCUCCGUCCGCCGGGCCGGCCUACCCGCCCCGCCUUGGCUUUUCUUGCCGAUAGAAAAAUCAAACACGAAAAAGCCCCCCGGAUUCCCAUUUGGGGCGCUUCUCGUUCUCGUCUGGGUUGCAAAAGUUUUUUUAGGUUCGCGCGCUUUUUGUUGCUACGGCCCCGCCCGGGAAGUGGCGGACGGCAAAAACUGUCUGGGAACCGGAUUCGGAGCCGGAAGCCGAGAAAAAACUCCGCGCGCGCUGCGCGCGCGAGUUAAUAUGGUUUCUGGUUGCUUAGGGGUAGGGCAGGCCCGUUUGUGCUAGGGCGGAGCUUUUCAAGAAUGCCGGGCCCGGUACAGUGUUUCUCCUUCGAGCUCCUGUUGGGUUUUGCAAUUUUGCCGGCGCGCGCCGCGCGCCUGUCUAAUCCUUUCCAGGAUUAGAAGCAAUUUGCGUUGUCGCGCAUGUCCCAUGUCCAUGCGCGCUCCCACCCACGCCCUUCAAAGGAAGCAAAAGCGGCUGCCUGUGUCGCCGUAGGCCAUGCGAAAUAAUUCUUCGCGCGCGCUGCGCGCGCGAUGCGGGUACCCUAAUGCCGGCCGAGGCAUUUCUACCUGGAUUCCGGGCGAGGAUGCCGGCUCGGGCCUUUCUGCCUACCUUGAUUCUCUCUCAGUAGAAAUGCUGGGCCUUGCAUUUCUGCCUUGAUUCCCAGUAGAAAUGCCGGCUGAGGUGGUAUUUCUGCCUGGAUUCCCUGUAGGAAUGCCAGACCUCCUGGUAUUUCUGCUUCGAUUUCCUGUAGGAAUGCCAGGCCUGCUGGCAUUUCUACUUAAAUUUCCUGUAGGGAUCUUCGAUCUCUGGCACGAAUGCCAUGGCGCUUGCGCUUCUAGCUUGAUUUCCAGUAGAAUUGCCAGCCCUCCUGGCGUUUCUACCUACCUGGUCUUUCGGUAGGAAUGCCAGGGGGGGGCCUCCUGGCAUUUUUUCUACCUGGAUUUCCGCCAGGCUGGCACUUCUUCUUGGAUUUUCGGUAGGAAUUCCAGACCUCCUGGCGUUUCUACUCUGAUUUCCAGUAGAAAUGCCGGCCCUCGGCAAAGGUCGACUUUUCUCUGUGGGAGGGAAGUUUUCUCUGUAUCACAGAGAAAACUCCUCUCGCCACAGAGAAAACUCAGAGGCCGCGACAGGUAUUUCUGUGCAGAAAUGGCAGUUUGUGAUGCGCAAGCAGCCAUUUCUGUUUGUUUUUAUAUGUGUAUCCUUUAUGUUUUUGCUUAUGUUUGUUUUUGUUUCUUCUCAUUCUGUUUAUGUUUCUGUUUCUUGUUUACACUUUUCUCUGUUUUGCUUUCAACUUUCUCUGUGAUAUCUUUUGAUAUCAUUUGAUAUCAAUUGAUAUCAACAGAGAAAACUUAAUAUUUUAUCUUUCGAGACCCCCUGACAUUGAUGACGCGCACAAGCAUAAAACUAAAAGCCAAGAGAUGACGUUUGGCAUCGGACGUCGCGGGGGACAACAUGGCAUAGAGGAGACUAUCAUGUGCAGCUGUCAAUGUAUUGUUCAUCCGAUGACAUUGCUUCUGGUUCCGCUGAUGCACGACGUGUGUCAACGCUUUCGGUACAACACAAUGCAAUGGUUUUUUCAGGAGCACAUGGUGGCUAUUUUUUGGGCUUGCUUGGCCCCCCGCUUCGUUUCUGUAGCGCUUGCGCAGUUGUUUGGAAUUUUCUUCACUGGGACCUGACGAGAGGGUCAAGAGAAGCUUUAUUUGCGGCCACCUCCACCUCCUCCUUGUUCACAACAUUUUGUAUGCAAAUAUAUGAAUGUCGGUAUUUGCGAUUUGGAAGUUCUUGG